AGGAGUUGCGGCAGAGACUCCGAGAAUUAGAAGAGAGAGAAAGAAGAGAGGGGAAAAAAAUGGCUGACGAGGAAGCUCUGAGAAAGAUUCGCUCCGUGGAAGAGCAAAUUGACAUUCUUAAUAAGAAACUCUCCAUCGCUAAACAGGAGGAGGAUGCCUUGUUGAGUGAGAUGGACGUGACAGGCCAGGCGUUUGAGGACAUGCAGGAGCAGAACAUUCGACUGAUGCAACAGCUCAGGGAGAAAGAUGACGCCAACUUUAAAUUGAUGAGUGAGCGCAUUAAAUCAAACCAGAUCCAUAAACUUUUAAAGGAGGAGAAGGAGGAGCUGGCUGAUCAGCUGCUCACCUUAAAAACUCAGGUUGAUGCACAAUUGCAAGUUGUUAGAAAGCUUGAGGAAAAGGAGCGCCUUCUACAGGGCACUAUCAGUACUGCAGAAAGAGAGUUGGCACUGAGGACACAAGCUUUGGAAAUGAAUAAACGCAAGGCCCAGGAAUCUACAUUACUGUCAGAGGAGAUGCGUGCUCAACUAGAGCAGGUUCAACAGAAGCUGACUGUGGUCCGAGAGGAGGUGGUGGAGAACAGCAUCUCGAGAGAAAAAGAAUCUUUCAACGCCCGGAGAGCACAGGAGGAUAUUUCCAAACUAAGAAGAAAAAUUGAAAAGGCCAAGAAACCAGCUGAGAAGAUCAGUAAUGGAGAUGAUAUCUUAAAUGAAGAAAUUAAUGAGUAUAAGGCACGUCUAACUUGUCCAUGCUGCAACUCGCGAGUGAAGGACGCUGUUCUGACCAAGUGCUUUCAUGUCUUCUGCUUCGAGUGCGUUAAAACUCGAUAUGACACCCGGCAGAGGAAAUGCCCCAAGUGCAACGCAGCCUUCGGAGCCAAUGACUUCCAUCGGAUUUACAUUGGUUAGAUGGACACAAAGUUUGACAUUGAUGUUAAGGAGUGUACAGGCACCUUUCCGCAGUCUACAGAAACUUUUUUUUAACCAUUACUUAAGCUUGUGCAUUCAUAUUGAUAUUGGUUGGACCAUUGAUUAUAGUGAACAUAGUUUGUAUUACAUCACAUACAUUGAGUGUGACAUGUGAGAUGUGAUAGACUAAAGUCAAGAUACAAAAACUACCGUGAACAUAGACAUUCCUCUUAACAUGUUGUAAUAUUUGCAUAAAGUAUGUUGUACCCCUGUUGGUUUUACUUAUUUGUCCCGCCAGAUCAUGUUGUUAGAAUAAGCUGUGCAAACUUGACUUGAUAAAGCCACUUUUUUGUGAUUACAUGACAAUAUUUGAAUCCGUAUCAUUCUAUUAUUAAAUAGACACCACGUUCUAGUGCGCAGA